AUGCUGGGCCCUUGGCUGCUGCUCGCCUUAGCGUUGACCCUGACCUUGGCCGGCGUUCCUGGCGGCCACACGCAGUCCGACGAGGUGGCGGAGCAGGAGGUCGCGGUGAUGGCCGAGCACCCUGGCCUGGACGGCCUUCUGCGCCAAGCUGAGCGCCUUCUUCUGCUCCGAGAAGACCUCCAGCAGCUGCAGGGAGACCAGCCUGAACCGGAAUCUGAGUCUCAGCUCUUUCAACCCAACUGGCUCUUGAAGCGUCAGCAUCCUGGCAAAAGGGAGGAGGCAGCAGAGGGAAGUGAAGAGGAGGAGGAAGGAGGGGCCGUGGGACCCCACAAACGGCAGCACCCUGGCCGGCGGGGGGCUGCCUCUGCGUGGCCCCUCCACGUCACUCAGCAGAAGCGGCAGCACCCGGGCCAGCGCGCCUCCUGGCUCGGGGACGUCUUGACCAAGAGGCAGCACCCAGGCAGAUGGCUGGUGGAGCCCAAGCCCCAGCGCUGGGAAGAGAAUGAGGAGCAGGUCGGGGAGGAGGGGGCGGAGCUGAUGCCUGAGAAACGCCAGCAUCCGGGCAGGAGGGCCUUGGGGGGCUCCUGUGGGCCUUGGCAAGCCUGUGGUCAAGCCAGCCUCCUGCUGGGGCUCCUGGAUGACCUGAGCAGGAGCCAGGGAGCUGAGGAGAAGCGGCAGCACCCAGGACGGAGAGCAGCCCUGCUCAGCGAACCCCUGGCGCAGUGA